GUUCCCCAGCUGGAAGCUAUUUCCUUCUUCCUGAAAGGGAGGCAACACAGCCUGCUCACCUCACUGGCAGUUUUCUAAGUACAGGAGGAGCUGUUUGGGACACUGAGGUACAAAUGCUGCUGUCACCACCACCAGUGACUUUGGGCUGAGCAAUGCAGUUGAAAGACAAUCAGCUCUCCCCAGCUGGAGGACACUUGGGUGAACAGAGAGAAAGAUUAAAAAUCAAGAAGUAUAAACCAGAUGUAGCAGUUUCUUGACAUGGAGAACCAAGCCCAUAAUACAAUGGGAGCUUCUCCUUGUGAGGCUGAGCUUCAGGAAUUAAUGGAACAAAUUGACAUCAUGGUAAGCAACAAAAAAUUGGACUGGGAAAGAAAGAUGAGGGCUUUGGAGACACAAUUAGAUCUUCGAGAUCAAGAGCUAGCAAAUGCACAAACUUGUUUGGAUCAGAAAGGUCAAGAGGUAGGGUUACUUCGACAGAAGUUGGACAGUCUGGAAAAAUGUAAUUUAGAAAUGACUCAGAAUUAUGAAGGACAACUACAAACUCUAAAAGAUCAAUUUUCCCAACUAACAAACAGCUUUGAAAAACUGAGAUUACAUCAGAUGAAACAAAACAAAAUUCACCAAAAAGAAUUGUCUCACAAAGAAGAAAUACCCUUUGAACUGAGCAAUUUGAACCAGAAAUUAGAGGAAUUUAGAGUAAAAUCAAGAGAAUGGGACAAGCAAGAGAUACUAUAUCAGACUCAUCUGGUUUCUUUAGAUGCUCAACAAAACUUAUUAUCUGAAAAGUAUAAUCAAUUUCAGAAACAGACACAAAAUUAUGAAACUCAAUUAAAUGGUAAAAAACAGUGCAUAGAAGACAGCAGCUCUGAAAUUCCUGGUUUGAUAUGUCAAUCAUAUCACAGUUGUGAAACCAGUGAAAGAGAUGAAUUCAUUAUUGAAAAAUUAAAAUUGGCUGUGAAUGAAAUAGCAUUAAGCAGGAAUAAGUUACAAGAUGAAAAUCAGAAGCUUUUACAAGAACUGAAAAUGUACCAAAGACAGUGCCAGGCCAUGGAAGCAGGACUCUUGGAGGUAAAAAAUGAGCUACAAUCACGUGAUGACCUCUUGAGAAUUAUAGAAAUGGAACGAUUGCAGUUACACAGAGAAUUGUUAAAAAUAGGAGAGUUCCAAAAUUCUCAAGAAAAUAAAAAGAGACUUGAAUCAUCUUAUUCACCUUCUAUUGAAGAAACAGAAAGGAAAAAGAAAGAGCUAUUUUCAGUGGUCCCGGAUCAACCAAAUCAAGAAAAACAAUUAAACAAGAUCAGAAACCAGCUCUAUCAGGAGGAAGAGUACCACAACUCUGAGCAAGAAAGAAUGAGAAAUGAAAUCUCUAACUUAACAGAGGAGCUUCAUCAGAAAGAGAUCACUAUAGCAACUGUGAUGAAGAAAGCUGCCCUUCUGGAAAGACAGUUAAAGAUAGAAUUAGAAAGAAAAGAAAAAAUCUUAGCAAAACAACAGUUCUCAGAUAUGCAAUAUAAAGCUGUCAGAAUGGAAAACACACAUCUAAAAGGAAUGAUGGGAGAUUUAGACCCUGGAUGGUACAUGAGUAUGGACUUCACCAACAAGGCACAUUCAAGGCACACAUCUAUUAGCAAACUGGAAUAUGAGAACAAAAAACUCCAAAGUGAUCUUGCAAAACUUCAUGUCAAUGGAAAAUCAGCAUGGCCUUAUCAGAAUACCUAUGAAGAAACAGGAAGUUAUACCUAUCAAAGCCAAAUAAAAAUGGAAAAAAAUGAAGAUAGACUUGGCCAAGAUAGUGACGCAAAUAGAAGCGCAACACCGCCAUUGCCAUCUUUGACAUUCCAAACUAAAGAAAUAACAAGUCCAUUCAUUAGUGAUGAUGAAGUAUUCCCACUGCCUCCCCCAGAUAUAUCCUUCCCAGCUUCUUUCACUGCACAGCAUUUCUUACUGGAAGAAGAGAAGCGAACAAAAGAACUCGAACAGCUUCUAAACACACAUAUUGAUGAACUGCAAAGGCAUACAGAAUUUACCCUUAAUAAAUACACCAAACUAAAACCAAAUAAACGUAUAUGAGCUUUUAAACUUUUUGACCCCCCCCCAAAAAAAAGCCCUGGCAAAAUAUUUACAAAGCUGAUUAAUGAAACUGAGGAUUUUUUUGUCUUGAGUAAAUAAUUUCUGUAAGGCAGCUUUCGAAAAUAGUAUUUUGUUUGAUAAAGCUAUUUGUAUUUCUACACUAACAUUCUACAUUUUUCUGUUCUAGAGUUACUGUGAAAUAAACAUGACUACUCCAAAAGAUUUUUUUCCAGUCUAAGGAAUAGUGUGGAAUUAAAAAAUGCAAUUUUCCCACUUGAAUCAUGUAUACUAAAAACCCAUUUCCUCUGCAACAAUACAAAAUCAGGGAAAGGGAAGUGCUAUAUUCCUAAUAUAAAUGAAUCAAGUUUAGUUCAGUUGUAUUA